GGCCGAUAAUAAUGCAGUGCUUAGUACUAACGAUUAUUUUACUCAUCCCUUUUUCUUUUUCUGAAUUCCUCUUAAAUCCUAAUUUAGAACUAAAUGGGAGCGCGAUAGCACAUGGUCCAGAAAAGGAAACACUGGAAAUUAAACCAGAUACCUCCGACAAACUUUGUACGAAACCAGCUGCUGUAUAUAAAUCUGCUGGACCCGUUAAUAUUUAUCUCAAUGGUGGACUCAUUCAAAACGAAAAGGGAGAUGCAGUAAACUUUACAACUGAUCAGAAGACAUGUAACUGUCCUCCAGGGCCUCCUGGUCCAAAGGGUGACAGAGGACCCCAGGGUCUACGAGGUCCAAGAGGAAACCCCGGAUCUCCUGGAGGGUCAACCAAUCAAACACGAGUAGGGGGAGACACAUUCAUUGCCUUUUCUGUGGUUAUGGAAGCAAGACCUUUCGGGCCAUACAGCUAUUACAAGAUUAUACAGUUUGACAAUAUCAUCAGUAACGUGGGGUCGGGGUAUGACGAGGAGAAGGGAGUGUUUACAGCCCCGGUUCCAGGAUAUUAUCAGUUCAACGUACACGCCCAUACCAUUGUACACAAACAGGCGGAAGUCAGAGUUAUGUUCAACAGCGAGAGAGUGGUCUCUGUAUGGGCUGACGGGAGGAUUGGCGAAGGGGAGAAAAAAGACGCCCAAAAAUCACCCAUGAGCCCCUUCAUGCCAGCAACCAAUCAGAAACCUUCCCUACAACAAGUGCAUGAAAUGGGAUCUUCGAACAGCUUCAUCAUCAGAGUAAACCGGGGUCAAAAGGUCUACUGUCUCCUACCAGCCAAUCAAGUGCUUGCUGGACUUGGAUUUUCUUCAUUUUCUGGACAUUUACUUAGCGUGGCAAAUGACUGACGUU